UGGAAGGCGCUCGGCGCCGGGGAGGGAAGGAGGGAGGACGUACUGAACGGGGCGGGAUACGGGCGCCGGGAGAGGCGGCAGCGGGCCGCGCCGGGUGACGUGAGGGCGGAGGAGGGAGGACAGACACACGGUGGAAAAAGCAUACUGAUUUGUCUGGAGUGAGCUGUCCGUCCGCGGGGAGAUGCCGCAGGAGGAGGGCGAGGGCGGCUCGGGGAGGAGCAGCUGGGGGCUGCUGGUCACGGCCGGUGUGGGAGGCACCUUGGUGGCCCUCUACGCCGUGGCCACCCCCUUCGUGACCCCGGCCCUGAGGAAGGUGUGCCUGCCCUUCGUUCCUGCGACCGCCGCGCAGAUCCAGAACGUGCUGAAAAUGUUGGAAAACAGAAGCGGCUCCCUAGUUGACAUUGGUAGCGGGGAUGGCCGCAUUGUGAUAGCAGCUGCAAAAAAGGGAUUCCAGGCUGUUGGUUACGAAUUGAAUCCCUGGCUAGUGUGGUACUCCAGAUAUUGUGCCUGGAGAGAUGGGGUACAUCAGAGCACCAAAUUUUAUAUUUCGGACUUAUGGAAGGUUUCUUUUUCCCAUUAUAGAAAUGUUGUUGUUUUUGGAGUACCUCAAAUGAUGCCACAGCUGGAGAAGAAGCUGGAGGAAGAACUUGGAUGUAAUGCCAGAAUCAUUGCCUGUCGCUUUCCUUUUCCUUGCUGGAUUCCAGAUCAUACUACUGGAGAGGGAAUAGACACUGUGUGGGCCUACGAUUUGAAACAUUCUAGAGGAUGUGAAACAAAAAGCUUGGAAAUUACACCAGAGACAGAAUCUUAAACAUCUAAUUUGGCUUCUUAUAGAAAUCUUUAUCUUUGACUAGACGUAUUGAAGAUAAGAUUAAUGUGGAGAAAGCCCUGGCAUAUGAAGAUGCGUUUUCACUGCAAGAACUGAAGUACAGUGGUUGUCUAAAAGCACACAAAAAUUACUGAAAGGUGUAGUUAAAUGGCUUAAUACUGUGUCCUGGUCCCUCCUUGCCAGUUCUCCCCAGUUUAUAUACUAGACACGAUGUCCUGUAGUGUGGAAUAUCCCUUUGGCCAGUUCAUCUCAGCUGUCCUGGCCAUGCUUCCUCCUGCCUUCUUGCAAACCUCCUUGUUGGCAGAGCAUGAGAAACUAAAAAGUCCUUGGCUUGGAGUAAGCUCUGCUCAGCAUUGACUAAACCAUCAGUGUGUUAUCAGCAUUAGUCUUCUCUAAAUCCAAACCACUGUGCUGUACCAGCUAAUAGGAAGAAAAUUAACUCCCAGUUGAAAGCAGAAUAUGUAAUUAAAAUUAUGGAAAAGUUUUUUAUAGAAGUGGAAAACUGCAA